AUGGCCACUCCAACGGCAGCCGCCGACACCGCCGCCGCCCCGCUGACUCCAGUUGCCCCGGAGCCCGCGGCGAAGUUCUCUCUUGCCUCUUCUGAUAUGGCUGCUCCGACCGCAGCAGCCGACACCUCCGCCCCGCCGCCGCCUGCUCCAGUCCCUCCGACCGCAGCCGCCGACACCUCCGCGCCGCCGCCGCCAGCUCCAUCCCCUCCGACCGCAGGAGCCGACACCGCCGCUCCGCCACCACCUCCUCCUCCAACAACGACGGAGCCUGCGGCCAAGGUCUCUCAUAGUCCUUACCACAUGGCCGCCCCGACGGCAACCGCCGAGACCGUCGGUCGGCCAAUUCCUCCUCCUCCAGCCCCGGAAAUCGCGGCCAAGGUCUCCCAUUUCCCCCCUCCUUUUCCUCCUCAGCCCGAUGCGCCGGCGCCCAAGAGGCGGAAGCUGGAGGAGGCGGGGUUCCACACCUCCGCCUACUACAAGAUCCGGGCCACUGUUGCCGACCUCCGCCUCCGCUUCGUCCAGGUUCACGAAGCUACUGAUUUUCGGAAGAGCGAUGCUGCUCGCGAGAUUCUGAGAGGAGAGAUAAAGACAGUUAUGGAACUCUCCAAGAAAAUGAGGCUUGAUCUCGGCGUCUCUUCUGAACCCAUGAAACCGUCAGAGAAGCCUUUAGCUGGAGCUGUGAAGGAUGAGUCCGCAGAGCCAAUUCCUUCUGGAGAAAGAAAUCAAGUUCCUCCGACAGGUCAGCCUGCAGUUCCUCCUAAUAUUGCAAAUGAUGGUGCACCGGCCACCCAAGCCUGA